AUGAACAAGCUCUUCUCGUUAUUGGUAUACUUGCUGAUGCAGCUGCUCCAACGGCGCACCGCGGCACAGACAUGCUCCAAUAAGCUCAACACUACGUACCCCGCGCCAGUGGCGGCCAGUGGCUGGGAAUACCGCCUCAUUGCGAAUGGCUUGACCAGGCCCAGGGGCAUUGCCUUUGACGCUGAUGGCGGGCUUUUGGUGGUGCAAUCCGGGGUUGGGUUGACGCAUCUGACGCUCGACGAUGACGGUGGAACCUGCUUGACGGUGACGAGCAACACGACACUGAUUGCGGAUCCAAAUCUCAACCAUGGACUUGCUCUCUCGGGUGAUGGCAAAACCAUCUACGUUUCCACGGCCGAGAGCGUCUUUUCCUUUGCAUACAAUAGCCAGGCUGUCACCGUUGAUCUUUCUUCCAAUGUCACUCUCGUCACUAACAUGAGCAACUCGGAUCACACGACUCGCACGCUGCUCGUGUCCAAGAAACAGCCAGAUACCCUUCUCGUUUCUCGUGGCAGCAAUUCGAAUGAAGAUCUCGAUGCCCGUGACAUCACUAGCGGACAUUCCCAGAUUCGUAGCUACAACAUUACUCAGAGGCCCGGCAAUUCACCAUUCGACUUUCUCGAUGGACAACUCAUUGGCUGGGGGUUGAGGAAUUCUGUGGGUGUUGCUGAGCAUCCUUCUACUGGAGGCAUCUGGUCAGUCGAAAACUCAGUCGACCAGCUUCAACGCCAAGGCCAGGACAUUCACCAAAACAACCCUGGCGAAGAGCUCAACUACCACGGCGUGUUGGGAUCUAGUGAUCACCAGGGAGGCAACUAUGGCUAUCCUGACUGCUAUACAGUCUGGUCGACGGCCGGGUUCCCCGACCUAGGGAUUCUCCAAGUUGGAGACCAGUUUGCCGACGAUGACGCGCCGCCUGAUGUGGAUGACUCAAGCUGCAAUACCGAAUACGUUCCUCCUCGAAUUGCUUUCCAAGCGCAUUCGGCUCCUUUGGACAUCAAAUUCGCCCCCAAUGCCUCGGAGGCGUUUGUGACCUUUCACGGUAGCUGGAACCGAAAUGAGGCUACUGGAUACCGCAUCGUCUCCCUGGCCUUUGGCUCCGAUGGUCAGCCCACCGCUCCACAGAACAGUACCAACGCCGUAACCGACAUCAUCGCCAAUGCAGAUGUUACAAAUUGCCCCGGUCAAUGCUUUCGCCCUGUGGGACUAGCUUGGGACUCUGCUGACCGCCUGUGGUUCUCAUCUGAUGCUACUGGAGAGAUUUUUGUUCUUGAGGGAGUGAAUGGUACCGGAACUGACGGUGGUGGCAAUGGCAACCCCGAUGACGGCAAUCCUGGCGAUGGCAAUCCUGGCAAUGGCAAUCCUGGUGAUGGCAAUCCUGGUGAUGGCAACGGCGGCAACGGCAAUGGCACCGGCAAUGGUCAAAAUGCUGCGAGCGGUUUAACCUCAGAGCGACAUGGCACUGCGGCAGUUGCCCAAGCCGCUGUGUUGGCUGGUUUGCUGCUUGCUUAG